AUGUUUAAAGAGAGAAUUGAGUCAGAUGCAAUAAAGAAGUAUCCUCCUAAUAGAGCAUAAAUAUAACUUUUAGAGGAAGUCUUUUCUCUAGCAGAAGCGAUUACAGCAUGUAAAGAAAUCAAGAUUAUAUAGACAGCUAGAGGAGUUACCAUGAAUUAUUAAAAGUUUGGUUAAACUAAACACUUUGAAGAUAAGCAAAGAUGA